AUGCUUCAACCCCGAGCUAUGAUAUUGCGUCCUCGGCGUAUCGGGCGGCUAGAGCCAUUAUCUCUCUCACUCCGUCAAUUUUCCAUAUCCACGACAUUGAAGGCAGAUUCACCGCCACCCGCUGCCCGAACUCCUUCCGCCACUCAACCAAAUGAUCAGCCGAAGAAGCUGAAGCUUCCGCCGGUACUCUUGAAACUCAAAAACUCGAAUGUAGACAAGCUCCGCCCUCGCCGGAUUAUCGAUGCCAGAUCUCUCGCGGCAUCAAAACCGGGAGGCCAGCCAGCAAACAUUCUCAGAGGUCCCCGCCGCCUAGAAGCCCGAGGUGGAACGCCAUUACGUGCGCGCAAACCAGUAAACGCGAAGGCGGCACCGAGAGCACCACGCCGUCCCCGUCUAAGGAACUUGGCUGGGGAGGACGAGAAUAAGUUGCUUCGAUCUGAACUUGAAGAUGUCUACAGAGAAAUCGCGGAGAAGACAAAGCCAAUCCCUACUCAUUAUCAACCCAACGCCCCCGAUUUUCAGAAUCUGAGCGAGACGUGGCCAUCGCUGCCCACGGACAUCACCGCAACAACUGCCGGAGUUGCGGAGAAGCUUUCCUUGCUUAGUGAGCGCUAUCCUAACGGUUAUAUCCCGCCCUACGUGCUCGGCAAACGACUCAUGGAAGGAAAGUUCGUCCGCUUCACGAGUGAAGCGGAAAGGGCCGAGGCUCUAGAGGCAGCCAAAAAGUUUGCCCAGGAGGCUGCAGACAAGCUGUCACAGAAGAAGGGUGAGCUGGUAGACCCCCAGGCAGUCAUAUUCCAACGGGUAAAGGGUGAAGCGCACAAGACUUUGAUUGAGUCUCUCGUCCAGGGCAAGUAUCCCAUGGUGGAGAAAACGCCGGCGAAUAAGCCUCCUGUUGUCGGUGAGAUUCUCAGGAAUCUAAGGAAUAACGAAAGUUAUCAGACUUCUGGGAAAAGGACGCAGUUUAUGGCUAAGCUGGAUUCGCUUUUGGUCUCGAGCCGUCCUGUCAAACGUGCUUAA